GUGAGUUUUGGAGCUUGGAUAAAGUGCCAAAUGGUGACUUUUUGGGAUCUGAAAUCACAAUGGCAUUGAAUCAUCAUCAGCUGAAACACUGAAUGGGCUGAGUUACUACCUCACUUAAAACCAAGUUUAACCACAAGCACAAAGUCCUGUAUUUAUUAGGAGACACAACUUAAAAUAACAUUCAAAUGUGUAUCAUUUCUCAUUUCAAGAAUUCUCUAUAGGGUACUUCAUAUUGGUAUCCUUUAUGUUCUUGGACAUACAGACACUGUGACCACCACCUUCUUGGCCUAAGUUUGCCAUUAGGUUUUUAGCCAGAUCCGUGAUUAAAGUAAUACAAUCUCACUUUUGGAAAUAAGGAAAUCUCAUCUGUAAUUCAUUUUAUCCCGACUCUUAGCCAUGACUCCGAGCUAGUGUAGAGCCUACUGCGCAAGACAGAAGAUGCAGAUCGGAUGGAUAUGAGAUACCAUGAGAUUAAACAGAAUCAGCAACGUCGGUUUCGCUUAAUGGUCUCAGCUGAACAAAAAUCUUUAACAGUUUAUCAGUCAGCGAUAAAGUAGAGUGGCAGAGUAGUAACAGGGAUCUGCUCUUCAGACCGGGCUGAAAAUGAUGCGGCAAUCGCACAUCAUCAUGUAGGCUAUGCGGUAAACUGUGAGUGGCUUUCACGAUGCAGUGCAACUCACGAGCAGCGUCUGUAGGAGAAUAUCCUAUAGGAGAAUUUAUGGAAUUACGCAUCGCCGCAUAGAAUCAGUGCAAUUGAUACUGGGAUUAAUAUUACAGAGGGGAAUGUUGCGCACACUGGACUGGCCACGGGAUUAAAGCGCUUGUAAUCGGAGCAGAGUUAAGGGAGCUGUGCUGCGCAUUUGAUCAGUCGUUUUCUGUGGAGCUGAGUUAUCGCACUUCCAAGGAAUACAUGUGUAUCAGGCGAGUGUUGGUGAAGUCAUUUUAUCAUCAUUGAGUAGGGGUGGGACAACGGCGACCCUCGCAGUUAAACAGAGCGCGCCAGCUGGGAUUAGUGUAAUCUAAAUUUCCCCUGGUUCAUAAUCAAACCUGUUACUUGGGAAAACUCAGUGUUUCACAUGGGAGAAGCGAGGGUUCGGCUGCCUUUUGGUUGGACCCGGGCUCGCUGUCAGGAUGACGGCGCUUCAGAAGCUGAGAGGGAGAAACGGUGGGCUGAACUGUUCCAGCAGCUCGAUGUGAAUAAAGACGGGAGGAUCGACAUUAAUGAACUUCGCAGCGGACUCGCGGCGUGGGGGGUCGUCCGCAGUGACGUGGACGAGAUAGUGCGUGUGAGUGAUACCAAUCAUGAUGGACAGCUGGACUUUGAGGAAUUCACCCAGUAUUUGCGCACCCACGAGAAAGAGCUCAGACUCAUGUUCCACAGUCUGGACAACAACAAUGAUGGUCGUAUAGAUGUAGGGGAAAUCCAGCAGUCUUUAAAAAGUCUGGGCGUUAAAGUGUCGAUUGAGCAGGCCUCCAGGAUACUGCAAAGUAUGGACAGAGAUGGCACAAUGACCAUCAACUGGAACGAAUGGCGAGAUCAUUUCCUGUUCAAUCCAUUCCACAACAUGGAGGAAAUUGCCCACUUUUGGAAGCACUCUUUGAUGCUUGAUAUUGGAGAACACCUGACAGUGCCAGAUGAAUUUUCUGAAAGGGAGCGGAGGGCAGGAUUGGUCUGGAGGCAACUAGUUGCAGGCGCGAUUGCAGGAGCUGUAUCCAGAACUGGAACUGCUCCGCUAGACAGACUUAAAGUUUUCCUACAGGUUCAUGGGUCAGCAGGUGUUGGCUUGUGGUGUGGACUGCAACGAAUGGUGCAGGAGGGGGGUAUCAUGUCCUUAUGGAGGGGCAAUGGCAUAAAUGUUGUCAAAAUUGCUCCUGAGUCUGCAAUCAAGUUUAUGGCAUAUGAACAAAUAAAGUGGCUAAUUCGAGGCACCAAGGAAGGGGGCACACUGAGGGUUCAGGAGAGGUUUGUUGCUGGCUCGUUGGCUGGAGCCACUGCUCAAACUAUCAUCUACCCCAUGGAGGUGUUGAAGACGCGUCUUGCUCUACGGAAGACAGGGCAAUACUCUGGGAUGGUAGACUGUGCCAAGCAGAUUCUGCAAAAGGAAGGAGUGCGAGCCUUCUAUAGGGGCUACGUACCUAACACACUUGGCAUCAUUCCUUAUGCUGGCAUUGAUCUGGCUGUUUAUGAGACUCUGAAAAAUGCCUGGCUACAGCGGUAUUGUAUGGGCUCAGCUGAUCCUGGUGUUUUGGUGUUGCUUGGCUGUGGCACUGUGUCAAGCACCUGUGGCCAGCUAGCCAGUUACCCAUUGGCCCUUAUCCGUACUCGCAUGCAGGCCCAGGCUUCCACAGAGGGUGCUCCAAAGCUAUCCAUGGUGGGCCAGUUCAAGCACAUAGUGACCCAAGAGGGUGUCCCAGGUCUGUACCGUGGCAUUGCCCCCAACUUCCUGAAAGUCAUUCCUGCUGUUAGUAUCUCCUAUGUGGUCUAUGAGCACAUGAAGAAAGUCCUGGGAGUGGAUUCAUAGAAACUGCUACCAUAAAACGACAAACGACAAAAACAUUUGAAGCAGUGGGCUUGCCUUAGAAGACUGAAAUGAAGAAUAAACCAAGACGACUGACAGAACCAUAAGAAGCAGACAGAUGCCUACGUGAUGAAGCAGAAAAGUAAUGCUCAAAACCUAAUCUACAUUAUAUACAUCAUAUAUAUAUCAUCUGCGGUAUAUUUACAUUAUAACGGAUUGGAAGGAUGACGCUUAAUAUUAAUGGAUCUAUGAUGUGUUACAAACACAUUCCUUAUUACAUUUUUUACUGUAAUUACUAAUUGCCAUAGCUGCAUACUAAAAUGCUUGUUUAACAAGCUCAGAUAACUAUUUUUAAUCAAUAAAACAAAAUGUUUUAUUAAUAGUAGUUUAUUAAAGUGAGCUAGAUCUAAUAGACAACACUCAUUCGAAUUAGUUUUCUGUUUUAAAGUACAAUGUUUAAACUGAUACUGUCUUGAUCAGCUAACUAAUGCAUAUUGAGGGUGGAAAUUUUUAUGGAAGGAUUUCAUUUUUUAAUUUGCAGUGGUUGUUCUAUAUGUUUACGUCAAUGUGUACUUUGCUGAAUAGUGCAAAAAAAUCCUAGCACUGCAAAAAAUGUUUUAAACCUAUGUCUAGACAUUUUUACUAAUGUCAAGCUUUAAAUGUUCUUAUUCCUCCAUAAGUAAAUGCUUACAAUUAGUCAAAUUUCUAGAUAGAUAGAUUUCUAGAUAAAUUUGACUAUAUUAAAGAUCUUUUUAUUUGCUAAGAUGUAAUUUUUGCAGGGAGGCUACACAGAAUUUGGAAGUUUUCAUAUGUAACCUUGAUUCUCUGACUGAGUGUAGGACCGCCUAGGCUGUUUCCUUUGGAACUAGUGGAAGCCAUAUGUCAAAGUUGUUCUAAGGGUUUGAAACGUGUCCUGCAAUUUGCCAGACAAUAACAGACAGAACUCAUAAAUAGUGGAAAUACCAUAAUUUACUGAGAAGUACAAUCACUCAAAUUGUCGAUAUUGCUCCCUCUUGAGAAUGAGAAUCAAGCGGUGAUACUGCUUGUUAUUGAGGAUAAGAAUCACUCAAGUGCUGAUCCUAUUUUUCCUGGUUUUUUAUUGAGGAAUAGGUUUAGCACAUGGUAUGUACUUAUUUUUUCAUGUUAAUGGGUUGUGAUAAAGCAACAUUCAGUCUGUGAAGUCUGAUGAAUGUAGAUGGUGAGCUCUAUGUCGUAAUGUUUGAGUGCACUCACUGGACUGGCCUGGGUAGAUUGUCAUCUGCAAGAGUACUCUGCUACUGAACACAGACAGUGCAUGAUAACCGUUAACGCACACAAUUCACUCAUCUGGCUGUAAUGAUGGACAGAAAACUACUGCCUUAAGAGAUGACGACAUUAUAUUAGCAUCUUCUUUUGGUUCAGUUAGCUUGGACCAAGUCCAAGUUCCACUGGGGGCAGUCGUGGCCUAAUGGAUGGAGAGUCGGACUUGCAACCCAAAGGUGAACCUGAAGGUCGUGGGUUCAAGUCUCAGGUCUGGCAGGGAUUGUAGGUGGGGGGAGUGAAUGACCAGCGCUCUCUUCCACCCUCAAUACCAUGACUGAGGUGAGACCCUUGAGCAAGGCACCGAACCCCCAAACUGCUCCCCGGGCGCUGCAGCAAAAAAGGCUACCCACUGCUCCGGGUGUGUGUUCGCGUUGUGUGUGUGUUCACUACUGUGUGUGCACUUGGAUGGGUUAAAUGCAGAGCACAAAUUCCUAGUAUGGGUCACCAUACUUGGCCACAUGUCACUUCACUUCACUUCACUACUGGACCAUUAUUUCAUGUGGAUAUUCAAGACAUUCUGCAUCCUUGAUUAACUCUCAGUGGUAAACCAUCAGACAGUCCCUGAUGAACAAUGCCAAAAAUGACAUUUAGACACAAUAAUGAUGCGUUUGCUGCUGCAUUAUGCUGCAGUUAGGGCAAGGCUCUUGAAGAUGCUCUUGUUCGAAACAAUUUGGGCAUCAAUCUUGUCCAUAAUCCAACUCAAGCCUGGUAGAACACGUAGCUUGAUAUGCUGAUAUGACAUAAAAAGGUAGUGAAAGUUAAUCAAAUUAAAAAAUUUUAUGAAUUUUUGAAUUCACAAAAUUAUUUAAUUAGCUAGUACCCACACUACUACGCACCAACACAAAAUAUACAGUAGGUCAUGUGUCUGUUCUACGAACACAGUCAACUGUACUGAGAAUAGUAAUAAGUAACACUAGAAUUACUGUCAUGCAAGGUGUGCAUCAGUGCACACUCCUUUGAUAGUUUAGAAUUAACAGUAACAAAAUUAACUAGAAAGAAUGGAUUAGACACUAAGCGUAUUCAGUCCAACCUUCUCAGCUCUUCAACAAGACAGAAAUGCAACAUGGGGUCAUUGACAUGAAGUGACAAAUUUCCUAUUGCUAUGAGCAAAAACUCCUUUCAUUCCAGAGACUACUAAAAGAGACUACUAAAAUAUCAGUUUUACUCGAAUUUUGUCCUGCUGAAUACCUGCUUUUGGACAACAUAGCUGUGUUUGUUCAAAUAUUUUGUGGAAAAUGUUUUUCUUUUCUGAUUUUAAUUGUUUUGGCUAAUUGCCAUUCAUCUUAAUAAAUAUGUCCUCUUCUGACCAUGCUUCAGUGAUAAAUGUAAACUUUAAAUGUAACUAACAAUCAUUCAUAGAAGUACAGAUUAGGAGCAGGCCAUUCUCUGUGUUGUAUACUUGUGUGUUGUAUAAUAGCCCUUUAUCAAAGGUCUAAGAAGGUCAAUGUUCUCCUGCAGUUCUGAGAAUCAGUGUUUGCUUAUAAAUCUCUAUUAAUGAGAGAUAUAAGACUUUUGUAAGGUUUCCCAUAUUGGGUAAUUGCUGCAAUAUAUGAAACUAAUUUAAAAUACUUAAAAUAUAUUUAUUUGUGUGCACAGAAUUAUAUGCUUCCCUACUUAAAAUCCUAAAUCCAGUGGAAAAUGUGACCGUUUACAAGCAUUUAUUUAUUUUGGUUGUCAUUUGUUCGCUAAAGCAGAAUACUUAAAAAUCUAUAUUCUUUUUAUUGAUAGUAUUCAUAUCAAUUUAUGUAUAUUACUGCAAAAUAUGGAGUUGUGAAGGACAUGCAUGAAUCUAUGGAAAGUGAAUCUAAUUUUCAUGAAUGUAUUAACUCAUCUUUUCUCAUAACUAACUUUUUAUGAUCUUGGUACUACUAGAUCCAUUACAAUUCCUCUACCCUAAUUAAAGCAGAAUAAAAUUUUGUAUAAUAUAAUUUUGAAUGUCAAUACUUACUUUACAUACAUGUAUUAUAAAUACUUAAAUAAUAUUUAAUGUAUUUUUCCAUAACAUUUAACUUUUACUAAGUUAGUUAAAACUUGAAUUUUGAAAAGAAUUUGUUGCAUUGAGAAAAGGACGCCUAGUAUGAAUGCUUGUAUAAUUAUAAUAAUUAUUAUAUUAUUAUUUGAGCCAUAUGCAUGCUAUCAGUAUUAAGUGAUAGUGUUUGCUUUUUCUUUCAUUUUCCCUUAAUACUAGAUUGCCUAGGAUAAAUGAUGGAGCUUUUGGUAGUUUUUAUAUAUUUGGAUCAGAAAAGAUGUGUACAACAUUUGUACUAAUUCAGUGGUUGCUCAGUGGUUAAGACUUCAGAGUACUGAUCAGAAGCUUUUGAGUUCAAAUCCCAGCACUGUCACUGCUGGGCCCUUGAGCAAGGCCCUUAACCCUCAACUGCUCAGUUGUAUAAAAAAAUGAAAUAAAUGUAAGUCACUGUGGAUUAGGCUGUCUGCCAAAUGCCAUAAAUGUAAUUCUCUGCUAAGAGAGGCCCUGUAUGUUAUACAAAAUCUCCAUGUUUAAACCAGCGUAGAAGGAGUGGUAUAUAUAUUUAAAAUCAUUUAUUGGCAAAAUAUAAGCAAUAAAAAUCUGUAAAAAAAAUACAUUUCUGUAGACAA